AGAGAGAGAGAGAGAGAGAGAGAGAGAUUAAUUAUUCUAAAUAUGAAUUAUAUGAUGACUUCUUCCAUCUCGACUUGUUCGUUUAAGUGUUCAUCUUCUUCUAUAUUAAGGUGGGCACAGCCACAGACACAGAGCAUAUUCAAGUGGCAAUUUGGCAAAAGUAAAAUUGACACUGCUAAAUAUCAUGAAGGAAUCAUUCUCCCCUUCCCUCACUCUUUGCUCACCAAUACAUUCUUGAAAGACAGGGAGCUCAAGUGUUGCUACAAGGCCACCAUAGAUGGGUUCAGUGCAACCAACUUUCAUGCCCGCUGUGACUUCAAGGGGCCUUGCGUUGUCGUCGCCUAUACCACGGACUCCUUCAAGUUCGGCGCAUUCAACCCCGAAGGCUACCGGAGCACUGACGACUACUUCGACACAUUUGAUGCCUUCCUCUUCUACUGGAAAAACCCUAAUAAUUGUGAUGAGCUACCUGUGAUCUUGCCUAAAGUAGGUGGGAGUGGUGCAGCCCUGUUUGACUAUGCGCGAGGCGGGCCGCAGUUUGGCCCGGACGGCUUGCUCAUAGGCCCACCAUUGUCACCUGUCAUGGGCGUUUUCACGGGGCCUGAUGCGAGCUCGGGAGUGGGUGAUCUGAGGCAGGCUAAGUCUCGGCUAGGGUUAUCGUAUGCCAAGAGGCCGGAUGGUAAGGAGUCGAUGUUUGGGGAUGAGAAUAGAUCCACUUUAGAAGAAGUUAUGGUCUUUUGCAGUCCUCAAAUUGCACGUUUGUAUUAACAAGUCCUCUUUAGAAGAAGUUAUGAUCUUUUGCACUCCUCAAAUUGCAAGUUUGUAUUAGUCAAGUUCUAGUAGAUCGAUUAAGUGGUGAAACAUGUCCACUUGAGGGACUGACUAUAUAUGAUCAAUUCCAUUAAGGGUGAGUGUGUGUGGGGUAAAAAAAUUGUAUUAAUUGAUUUUAAAAUUUUGAGACAUGAAUUAAAUACAUGCAUGUUUUUAGUGUAAUAAUUAA